AUGGCCUACAGGCAAACCAGCACCGACAGCCAUGGAGGUCGCUCCACACCAGGCGGAGAGGUGCAUGAGGUGGACACAAACGGCGCCUUCAACUUCAAGAACCGUGCCAUAUCCAAGACCAAUCCAUCGCCGAGCAAGGGCGCUGGCCUGGCCGGGCUGAGCCUGCGCAAGAACAUGGGAGCGGCACCCGUCAAGAUCGAGACUCCUCGGACUGGGCGGCGCGUGUCAGGUGCCGGGGCCGACUUCUUCGAUGGGGAGAACAUCGAUGACAUCGUGAAGUCGUUGAUCAGUACGAAGAAGAUAGACUCGGCCUGGCAGCGAAUUUCGAGGCGAGUGGCCACCCUGGAGUCGUACAUACAGCACCUCCGAGGUGGCGAGGGAGAUGACACCUUCCUCACGCGCAAGGAGUUCAUCGAAUUUCUGCAGAGCCAAGAGAGCAAUGAUGACGGGCAGGAAGAUGGCGGUGCCGAGCAGGCCGACGCCGAAGAGCCAGAAGAGCCCCAGGAAGAUCCACUCCUGCUCCAGAUCCGAGAAGAAUUAAAGGCUCAGGAGGAUGCGAACACGAACGCGUUGAAGCAAGCCAUGGAAGGUGCCCGCCAAGCUGACGAAGCCAAGUGGAGUCGGUUUGGCGAGCUGGAGGACAAGUACAGGCAAUUGGAGGCCACUUUGGAGGAGGAGCGCUCGGACCGCGGCUUCGCCGAGGCAGCCUUCAAAGACCAGUUGCAACAGCUGUCAAGUGUCUUGGAGGAUCUGGAGCCGCGCAUGCAAGCCUUUGCCACCAGCGAGGCUCGCCGGCACAUUUCCCAGUUGCUCUUUCGCGAUGGCGAUACGGAAGCACAGUGGGUCAGCGAGCCGACUAGGGUAGUCGAAGAGCCCUCCAGUUCUGCCUGCGAGGAGGACUUGGCAGAGGCGCCGCCUGCAGAGGGACAAGUUCCCACAGAGACGACCACGCUGGAGGUGCCUACUUCUCUACCCGAGCGCUCACUUUCAAGUGCGUCGGCUGUGUCCCGGUCCUUGGAGGUGUCAGAAGCAGAGAGGCUCGCACGGCAGCAUGCAAAGGUGCUCCACGCAGCGGAGGGAACUUCGAAUGGCCUAUGCCACAGCGCAUAUGAGUGGCGGGUGGCUUUGCUGGGCCUCGUGCACACGGGCCUUGUGGAGCCAUUGCGAGAGGAGGUUGACAGGCUGCAGCGGGACAUUUCGAGGCAGCGGGACGAUUUCCAAAAGAAGAUACGGGAGAAGGAGAAAGAGAUCAUCGAGGCCAAGCUGAAGGGCCAGAAGGUCGCCAAGGACCUUCGAGAGGAGGCAGAUAUGAGGAAGGGCGAGGCGGUUGAGAACAUCACUUCUUUCCAGAAGGUCUAUAAGCUGAUCCUCGAGGCGGGGCAAAAAGCCGCCGGGGACAAUGACAAGGCCAUGGACAAGAUCCGUGGUGUUCAGGGGCAGGCCAGCGAGGGGCUGGGCGAUGUUGUACUCGUACUCGUAGUAACUGGUAGUAAUCGCACUGACAUGCUACACACACACAUAACAUGCCACACGGUUCCGAAGGUAAGCAUUGCCAUCCAUCGUACAGGGCCCAUGUGCCUCUGCGUGCUGCAAUAUGUUGGAAGUUAUGAAACAGCCUCCGACUCAGAGAUACGACUCGAGUCUCCCAUCACACGAAGUGAACAUGCAUUCUGUCUCUCGAGUCCUCCCUUGAAUAGAAAUAGACAGUGUUUCGCGCUGUCACGAGUGAAACAACUGACUCCCAAGCCGGACAUAGCUGGUGAUCGCGUCUAG